UCGGGGUAUAGCUGCAUACAGGCGAUUCGGUUUAUUCAGGCUUGAAGAUUCACUCGGAGAAGAAGACGCUCACUCAUCUUCUUGAUACAUACAACUUUCUUCGAUACAAAUAUCAGAAAUACCCAGUUGAAGUUGCGAUGGGUGACAAGCUUAGCGCGGCCGAAAUUGAAAGGGCUCAGUUUGCCUUCUCCAUCUAUGAUUUUGAAGGGAACGAAACUCUAGACGCGUUCCAGUUGGACCCCGCUUUACGUGCCCUCGGUCUCAACCCGACGCUCAAAACGGUCGAGAAGUUGGGAGGACAGAAGAGAAAGGGCCAAAAGAAGUUUACAAUUGAGGAAUUUCUCGCCAUCCUAGCCGAAGCCAAGAAGGACAAGGAUGUCGGGAAUAAGGAAGACUUUCGCGAGAUUCUCAGACUGUAUGACAAAUCUGGCGAUGGAAACAUGAUCUUCGACGAAUUAAAGCACAUCCUCCUUUCAAUGGGUGAAAAGUUGGAAGCUGAUGAGGUUGCCGACAUCAUCAAGGAUUGCGCCGUGCCGGCAGAUGAUGACGGAUUUACGCCAUAUGGUGUUUUCCUGGACAAGUUGAUGGCUGGCCCGGUUUUAAAAGAAGACGAAUAAGUGUUCUUAUUCUGUAUAGGGCGAAUUAAAUGAUAGGAUUUAUGUAGGUUGCAAUGCUCCUUUAAGUAAUAUGCACAUUCAGUUUUUACUAGAAUUGUGUUUCUCCAAAUUAACACGUCGACAAAAUAAAUAUUUGCCAAAAAUAGGUUGA